UCGGCCGCAAACAGUCGGCGAGCGAGAACAGCUGAUCCUGUUUCUACGGUGCCGCUCCUACGAGCACAUGUCCGCGCAAUAAUUACGCACGAUAUUGCGAUUUUCUCGUGUCAGCUUGGGCAGUCCGAGCGACGGUGCGGAAGCAAGGUAACGUAGCGGUGCGCGAGAGAACGUCGGCGACAGCGCUCGUGUUCGUGUGCGAUGAGCAGCCGGCGAUAACCGGCGAAUCCGUCGCCCACCCCGUCACCUUCGUCGUCGUUGUUGCUGCCGUCGUCCUUGUUGCGGGGAAACAUGGCCGAUCGCGAUAGCGCGUCCGAGAGUGACUCGAGCUCCAUCGACGGCGGGCCCAUCAUCAUGAUGCCGCCGUCGCCUGUGACGCGCGAGCAACUUCAAAAACGCAUCGAGUCGCUGCAGCAGCACAACCGCGUGCUCAAGGUCGAGCUGGAGACGUACAAGCUGCGUGUCAAGGCCCUGCAGGAAGAGAACCGCGGCCUGCGCCAAGCGUCUGUCAUCAUACAAGCUAAAGCCGAGCAGGAAGAAGAGUUCAUAAGCAACACUUUGCUGAAGAAAAUCCAGGCCCUUAAGAAGGAAAAGGAAACUUUGGCUCAUCAUUAUGAACAAGAGGAAGAAUGCCUCACCAACGAUCUGUCGAGGAAGUUGAAUCAGCUGCGGCAGGAGAAGUGUAGACUGGAGCAGACCUUGGAGCAGGAGCAGGAGUGUCUGGUGAACAAGCUGAUGAGGAAAAUCGAGAAGCUCGAAGCAGAAACGCUGGCCAAGCAGAGCAACCUGGAGCAGCUACGGCGUGAGAAAGUGGAGCUGGAGAAUACGUUGGAGCAGGAGCAAGAGGCAUUAGUCAACAAACUGUGGAAGAGAAUGGACAAGUUGGAAGCUGAGAAGAGAAUGCUGCAGAUAAAGCUGGACCAGCCGGUCUCGGAUCCGACAUCGCCCAGGGAGAUCAGCAACGGCGAUACCGCCACGAAUUUGAGCACGCACAUUCAAACUCUGAGAAGCGAAGUCGCCAGAUUAAGGCACACCCUACUGAUCUCGCAGCAAGAACAUACGGAGAAGAUGCAACGAUACGUGAACGAGGAGAAGCAGAUACGCGAGGAGAAUCUGAGACUGCAGAGAAAGUUGCAACUAGAGGUGGAGCGUCGCGAGGCCUUGUGCAGACAUCUGUCGGAGUCCGAGUCCAGCUUGGAGAUGGAAGAAGAACGGCACUACAACGAAAUCGUCAUGUCCGGCGGCAACAUAAGGACCCGCACAGUGUCCAGCCCCGUGCCCUACAAUCCUUCGCCUAGUUCCUCGAGGCCGCUGAGCCCGGGUGUUAACGUGCUAGGUUCCACAUCCAGAGAGGGCUUCAGCACUAACCGAUGCUACGCUUGCGGCCAGCCGAGCACUCUUCCGUUCGCGAGCUCAUCGCCACCCUCAGCGCAGGGACACAUCGUGGCACCGUCCAGCAGACGUACAUCGGACCGCUUCGUCAAGCCGGCUAUUCCGCCCACCAUCGUGAGCCCAGGCGGGCCGCCGACCAUCGCUAAUCCCAUAACCGCCGCCGCCGCCGUUGCCGCGGGAUCGCCUAUGGACAUCGCGAAGACAUAAGUCGUCGGGCGGGCUCUACGGAAAACCCUUCUUAUGUAGUCGCGCAAGGUACUUCUCUAAACGGUGCGUCCUAGCUAGGACACCGGAAGUUCGCCCGGCACUUCGCCGUCGCACUCGUUCGCGAGCGGCCACCCCCGUUCGUUAACUAUUACUACUAUUACUACUACUACUACUACUACUACUACUACUAUUCUAAUGUAACACGGGCUACGGCUAAGACACACAUGGGACUUAAUUAAUCCGAUUGAAUCGCGGUUAGAGUUAAAACAGCGCGGUUCGCAGAGCCUCUUUUCGUCGCAGCGGGCGAACGAGCGGUCUUGGCGCCGCUCCGCCUGGCGGCGAUUUCUCGUAUGAUGCCUGAAGUACCCAUUCAGACGAGCUCUUUAUCGUACGCAAUUAUAUCAUUUGAGUGUUCUACAUAAAAAAAAGAAACAUUGACAUUGUUGCUUCCAUGUUCCAAGUAACCAUAGUAUAAAUGUCGAACGAAUGCUGAUGGACAGCUACGCGGUAAACGGAAACGCCCGAUUAUACCGUAUUUCACGUGCGCUAAGAACAUAACGAAAGUAACUAGAGUGUAGUGUUCGCGCGGUGUUCACACUUUUAACAGAUACGCAUUUGUUUAGCUUUCAGCCUGAGUAAUCACUAGA